AUGCUGUUCUCGGCGAUCUACUUGGGAGGGCUGCUUUCCGGCCUACCGGCAGGAUGGUUGGCCGAUAAGUACAGUCCAAAAUUGCUCGUGGCAUGCUGUAUCAGCGUGGCGUCGAUUGCAACCCUCUUGACGCCAAUCCUCACUCUGGUAGGCGGGUAUCCCGCUAUGUUCAUAAUUCGGGUGAUCACGGGCAUCGCCGGACAGGCUUGCAUUCUGCCAUGCAUCGCGUCGAUGACUGCCUUAUGGAUUCCACCGAACGAGCGGAGUACCGUCAUCGCCUUCUACACGUCAGGUAACCAGCUAGCGUCGAUCAUUGGAAUGCCCUUAAACGCCGCGCUGUGCGAUAACCGGGCAAUCUUCGACGGCUGGACAUCCAUAUUUUACGUAAACGGUAAGAUAGACGAUGAACAUGUGCCAAAGAAGCUGAAUAUCUCGGCUCAUCCAGGUCUGAUUUCGCUGAUUGUAUUGGUUUUGUGGAUGUUCAUCGUUUCGAACAGCCCUGGAACCAGCUCGAUCAUUUCCGAGAAAGAAAGGCUGUACAUCCAAUCCACUCUCGCGUCGCAGAACGUCCGCAACCGUAAGAUAAAGUUCAAAAAGGUCCCUUGGAAAAAGCUGAUCUUCUGCCCGCCCAUGCUCACGGCCAUCUAUUGUUCGUGUUUAACCGGAAUAAUGACGACGACCCUCAGUUCGUUCUUGCCGAUAUACUUCAGAAGCGUGCUAUUUCUCAGCUUGAGCAGUAACGGGAUCCUCAAUUCUCUCCCGUACAUUUCACAGCUGGUCGUAAAAAUGAUCAUGUCCGUCAUUGCUGAUCGGCUGAACAAAUGCAGCAAGCUAUCUUCGACAGUAAUCUGCAAAAUUUUCAACAGCAUAGGAACGUUUGGCCCGGCGAUAUUUUUGGUCGCGCUGUCGUUCAUGAACUGCAGCACCAAAGUGUUGGCCGUCGCCUUCCUUGUGCUAACCAACGCCCUCUUCGCCGGGACUGUCCCAGGCUACCUCACCAGUAUGGUUUCAUUUGCGCCGCGGUACACCGGUACAGUCAACUCGAUAGGCAGGUUCUGUGGACAGGUAGCAUCCGUCAUUACGCCAUACGCCAUUGGCACCAUCACGUACAACGUAAGCGCAACUGAGAUUCAGAGCUGGGUCGACGAGUGCGCGUCGACGGGAGCGAAAGUAUCAGUCGUCAGCCCACGACAAAAAGCGGUCUCAAACGUAAAGCCUCCGACCCCCGGGGACACAUUCUCUUUGCAGCCGGGCAACAGUCAAUACGGAACGAUCAUCUGUCAAAAACUAUAA